AUGGGGCUGCUGGAGCUGUGCGAGGAAGUGUUCGGCACCGCCGACCUUUACCGGGUGCUGGGCGUGCGGCGCGAGGCCUCAGACGGCGAGGUCCGACGCGGCUACCACAAGGUGUCCCUGCGGGUGCACCCGGACCGGGUGAGCGACGGCGACAAGGAGGACGCCACCCGCCGCUUCCAGAUCCUGGGGAGAGUCUAUUCCGUCCUGAGUGACCAAGAGCAGAGAGCGGUGUACGAUGAGCAGGGCGCUGUGGACGAGGACUCUGCUGCGCUCGCCCAAGACCGGGACUGGGAGGCGUACUGGAGGUUACUCUUCAAAAAGAUCUCUCUAGAAGACAUUCAAGCAUUUGAAAAGACGUACAAAGGCUCUGAAGAAGAGCUGACUGACAUUAAACAGGCGUAUCUGGACUUCAAGGGGGACAUGGAUCAGAUCAUGGAGUCUGUGCUUUGUGUGCAGUACACAGAGGAACCCAGGAUAAGGGAUAUCAUUCAGCAAGCUAUUGAUGCCAGAGAAGUCCCAUCCUAUAAUGCCUUUGUCAAAGAGUCGAAACAAAAGAUGAAUGCAAGGAAAAGGAGGGCUGAGCAAGAAGCUAAAGAAGCAGAAAAAAGCAGGAAAGAGUUGGGGCUUGAUGAAGGAGUGGAUAACUUGAAAGCUGUCAUUCAGAGCAGACAAAAGGAUCGGCAAAAGGAAAUGGACAAUUUUCUGGCUCAGAUGGAAGCAAAAUACUGCAAACCUUCCAAAGGAGGAGGGAAAAAAACGACUCUCAAGAAAGGAAAGAAAUAAUGGAAUUUUCCUCUUCAAAGGUCCUUAGGUGUUCAUUGAUGCCAUGGUGGCAAGGUGCAGUCAAGAUUUGAAGGCAAAAGUCAACCCAACCCUUGAGAGAAACUGUCUUUCCAGCCUAAAUUUUUCAGAUCGACUAAAAAGCAAGUGGAAUCUCUCAGUGUGGUAUUAGUAUUUCCUAGAAGUCACCUGACAUCAUAGGAGGUCUUGAAGGAAUUUGGUGGGGAUAGUUAGGAGGGCAGAGGGAGUAUACUUCCUGACAGCACUUGCUUCUGUGGUUCUUCUGUAUGCAGAACUCUUAUCUAGAAAGUGGGUCUGUUCAUACAGCUUUUUGUGAUGUGCAGGUCUAUUAGAAUGGACAUUCUACCUAGCUAGAGCACCUUGAAAGCACUAGCUUAACAGCUGUCUUCCAAAUACUUGCCAGUUUAUACCUGGUCUUAAUGAUCUUGAAUACACCCUCUCUUUGUUUUACUCGGCCAGGUUUUGUACUUUUCAGGUGUUCAUAAUUCAAGCAUUUUUCUAAGACUUGUAUAUGAUUAAAUAAACAAGUAAGA